AUGGGGAAAAAAUCGCAUAAAAAGGAACACAAAAAAUCAACUAACAAAAAAAAAAAACAUAGAUCUUCGUCAUCCAGUAGUUCGACAUCAAACAAUGAUCAAUGGGUUGAGAAACACCAAAAAGAUUCAUCGUCUACUUCCACAUCAUUUGCUGCACCGAAAGAGGAACCUGAUAAUUGGAUGGAUUUUGUGUGUAAUACAUCUUCAGAAAUUGAAAAAAAAAUUAGCACAAAGAGCAAAGAGCUAGAAGAAGCUAAAGCUAAAAUGGUUAAGCCAGGUCAAUCAGAACGAGAACUAAAUCCAUACUGGAAAAAUGGAGGAACUGGUCUUCCACCACCAAAGCCAUUAAGUGGCAAUAAAGGUUUCCUCAAGCCUAAAGUAGAUGAUGAUGAUGAUCAUCACUAUAAAAAUCACCAACAUACUAAUUAUUCAAAAACUUCUUAUGGUCGUCAAUCUUGGAAAAAACACGACCGCAGAGAUAAUAUAAAUGAUACUAAAUAUACUGCUUCAAAACGUGAUAAUGAAGAAAGACAUAAACGACAUAGAGAAUUUGACGAAAGAAAAGAAGAAAGAGAUAAACGCCAUAGAGAUUAUGAUGAUGAAAGAAACAGGCAACAUAAAGAAUAUGAUAAUGAAAGUAAAGGAGAAAGGGAUAAACGCUACAGAGAACACGAAAAUGAAAGAAAAAGUACCAGAGAUAAAUAUUCUAGAGAAUAUGACCAUAAAAAAGAUAGAAAAAGUAAAAAUGACAAAGGAUCUGACAACGAAGACAAAUACACAUCAGAUGAUGGAAAAUAUGAAGAAAAGACAAUGUCAAAAAAAUAUUCAGAUAAUAAUGAUAAACCUAAAGAACAUAAAGAAAGUGUUGAAAAGCCUUUAACUGAUUCUGAAUUAAAUGCACUAGCUGCAAGACAAAUAAAAGCAGAAAUAAUGGGAAAUAAAAAACUGGCUGAAGAACUUAAACAAAAAUUGGAAUUAGCGCGAGAAUAUACAACAAAACAGAAUUACAUCACAAAAAAAACAAAUCAAAAAGAAGAAGAAUUUGUAUUACUUACUAGGACUUCAUCCAAAGGUUAUAGUUAUCCUGUUAAACAAGCACAAGUUGAUAAAAAUGAUGGUAAGAAGAAAAAACGAGAAAAAGUAUUGACACACGAAGAUGGUAAAAGAGUAAGAUACUUUGAUGAUGAUGAUAAAUAUUCAUUAAAAUCUAUGUUUCAAAAAGAAAUGACAAGUACAGCAGAGGAUAGUAAUAUGGAGUUUGUAAAUCUAUCGAGAAAGGUUAAUGCUAGAGAUGAUGAAGAUGAUGUAUUUGUAGAUCGUGCAUCAGAAAAACGGUCUGCCAAGGCAUCUGAGAGGGAAAUUAAACGAGCCAUUGGUGAGCAUAAACGUACAGAAAAAAUUUUAAACUCUUGUCGUUACUGCUUUGAUAGUGAAGAAAUGUUAAAACACUUAUUUAUCGCUAAAGGAGAAAAGUGUUAUCUGUGCUUGCCAUCUUACAAAUCCUUGACAGAAGGGCACUGUUUAAUUGUACCAAUAUACCACUAUGCGUGUGCAACUGAUAUUGACGAAGAUGUUUGGACUGAAAUGCAGGUAUUUCGAAAAGUAUUGACUACCAUGUUUAAAGAUCAAGAUGAAGAUGUAAUAUUUUUUGAAAGUGCAAUGCGACUAAAUAAUAUGCCUCAUAUGAUAUGGAACUGUGUGCCUGUGCCGAUUGAAAUUGGUGACACUGCUCCAAUAUAUUUUAAAAAGGCCAUCUUAGAGUGUGAGACAGAGUGGGCUAUUAAUGUAAAAGUCGUGGACUUGAGUAGUAAAGACGUACGUAGAGCUGUUCCCAAAAGCUUACCCUAUUUUGCUGUUGAUUUUGGGAUGCAAGGUGGAUAUGCUCAUGUCAUUGAAGAUGAAAAAAUUUUCCCGAACAACUUUGCUGAGGAAAUUAUUGGUGGAAUGAUGGAUUUAGAUCACAAUGCAUGGCGAAAAAGGCAAAAAGAACCAAUUGAAGAUCAGUUGCAAAAAACUACAAAAUUUCUAGAAAUAUGGAAAGAUUAUAAUUUUACCAAAGCUUAA